GACCAAACCCUAACCAGCCGGCCAACAGGCCAUUUAUAAACGGCUUUGUGGCCUUGUGGGGUGGGUUGGGGAAAAAAAAAUUCCACAAAUUCCCGUCAUUUUGUUCGAAGUUCUAAAACCCUAUGUGACAUUCGACGUCUUCUGUUCUGUGGACUUCACUUGCGACAGUUCAAUGAACCCUGUAAGAGAGGGUGGAGAGAACAUGACGAUAUCCAAAACUAAGAAGCAUGAGAACCCUGAAGACGUAGAGCUUUUGAAAUCGGAUGUAGCGUUCUUUGCUUCCUCAAUAGGUCUAUCUUCUGCAGUUUCGUCUUCUCUCCCAAAAUUUGAUUUUGACGACUCGGAUUUUCGAAAAACUGGCCCCCUGAAACCUAAAGAAACAGAGAAGACUCCAAAAAACAAACCUACACAUGGGGAUAACAAGAAAAAGGAAACGAAAGUGGCCGAGGAAAAGAAGGGGAAAAAUGGUGAACGAGAAAAGACAAGGCAUCCUCCCUUAUCACUUGACCAUUAUAAACCAUUUGAUCGCUGGAAGCAUCUUCCUAAGCUGCCGUUGAUGAAGGCAAGUUCUUUGGGGGUUUGGCACGUGGAUGCGGAUGAAUUGGAAGCCAAGGUAAUCGGAAAUGAAAGGAAGAGAAUUGAGGUAAAGAACGCGGAAGAGCUGAAGAAUUUGGUUGCAAAGAAGAAGGAACUUGGGGAAAGGUUGUUGGCACAAUAUACACAGGAUUUCGAGACGUCGAGAGGACAGAGUGGGGAUAUAAAAAUGCUCAUGGCGACGCAAAGAUCGGGAACAGCAAUUGACAAGGUCUCUGCUUUUUCAGUAUUGGUAGGAGAAAAUCCAAUUGCAAACAUGAGAUCACUUGAUGCCCUUCUAGCAAUGGUGACUUCAAGGGUGGGGAAGCGCCAUGCAUUUUCUGGAUUUGAGGCUUUAAAGGAGUUGUUCUUGUCGAGUCUAUUACCUGAUCGUAAGCUGAAAAACCUUCUUCAGCACCCGCUGAACCAUCUUCCUGAAUCAAAAGAUGGCUACUCUCUUUUACUUUUCUGGUAUUGGGAGGAAUGCUUAAAGCAGAGGUAUGAGCGGUUCAUUUUUGCACUUGAGGAGGCAUCAAGAGAUACAUUACCUCCUCUCAAGAAUAGGGCUUUGAAGAUUAUGUAUUCCCUGCUAAGAAGUAAAUCAGAGCAAGAACGCAGAUUGCUCUCUGCCCUUGUCAAUAAGCUGGGGGAUCCUGAAAAUAAAGGGGCAUCUGGUGCUGAUUUUCACCUGUCAAACCUUUUAUCUGAACAUCCAAAUAUGAAGAUAGUAGUGAUUGACGAGGUGGAUUCUUUUCUCUUUCGGCCUCGUUUGGGAUUAAGAGCAAAGUACCAUGCUGUCAACUUUUUGAGCCAAAUUCGUUUAAGCAAUAAAGGAGAUGGACCAAAAGUGGCAAAGCGUUUGGUGGAUGUUUAUUUUGCAUUGUUUAAGGUCCUGAUUGCUGAGGCAGGUGGGGGUAAAAAAAUAGAUAGUAUCACGAAAAGAGAUGGUAAAAAUGGUACAGACUCCCCUAAAAAUGGUAAAGGACAAAGUGCUAUGGAAUCUAAUGUUGGAAUGGAUUCACGACUUCUUUCUGGUCUUUUAACGGGAGUCAACAGAGCAUUUCCUUAUGUUGCAAGUGAUGAGGUUGAUGAUGUUAUCCAGGUCCAAACACCGAUGCUUUUCAAAUUGGUACAUUCAAAAAAUUUCAAUGUUGGGGUUCAAGCUUUAAUGCUUCUAGAUAAGAUUUCAUCCAAAAAUCAGAUUGUCAGUGAUCGUUUUUACCGUGCUUUGUAUUCAAAGCUUCUGCUUCCUGCUGCCAUGAAUUCUUCAAAGGCGGAAAUGUUUAUUGGGCUGCUCUUGAGAGCUAUGAAAAAUGACAUAAACUUAAAGCGGGUUUCUGCCUUUUCGAAACGUCUUCUGCAGGUUGCACUUCACCAGCCCCCUCAAUGUGCUUGUGGAUGCCUUUUUCUUCUGUCUGAAGUCCUUAAAGCGAGGCCCCCUCUUUGGAACGUGGUUCUUCAGAAUGAAUCAAUUGAUGAAGACCUCGAACAUUUUGAAGACAUAAUAGAAGAACCUGAACAUAAACAAGGAUUAGGUCCUAAUAUGCAACAAGAAAAGGCUGUUGAUGAUGUUAUGAAUAGCAGAGAUGUUGGUAAAAGUGGCAGCAAUUCAUCUUCUGAUUCAGAAGAUGAAGACACUCCAGCCUCUUAUUCUGAAGAAGAUGGUGGAUCAGAUGGAGGAGAGGACCUGCUCAUGGGAGAAGGUAUGAAUGUGGUUGAAAAUUUUAAAACAGUAUCUAAUUGUGACAGGGGCCAUCCUCAAAAUCCCAGUACUGGAGAGGACUCUCGAGCCUCUUCACUGCCUGGAGGGUACAACCCAUUGUACAGGGAACCUUCUUACUGCAAUGCAGACCAUGUUUGCUGGUGGGAGCUGAUGGUACUGGGUUCACAUGUGCAUCCAUCGGUUGCUACUAUGGCUAGGACCCUGCUUUCUGGGGCUAACAUUGUCUAUAAUGGGAACCCCUUAAAUGAUCUUUCACUGAUUGCAUUUCUAGACAAGUUCAUGGAGAAGAAACCAAAGUCAAGCGCAUGGCAUGGUGGUUCCCAGAUUGAACCUGCAAGGAAGUUGGAAAUGAAUAACCACUUGAUUGGAGCGGAACUUCUUUCAUUGGCUGAAGUGGAUGUUCCACCAGAGGAUCUUGUCUUCCACAAAUUCUACAUGAAUAAAAUGAGCUCUUCAAAGAAACUGAAGAAGAAAAAGAAGAAGAAAGGUGCUGAUGAUGAAGCGGCAGAAGAGCUAUUUGAUGUGGAUGGUGGGGAUGAGAGUGACAAUGAAGAAAUCGAGAACUUGUUGGAUUCUGAGGAGGUUCCUCUGGAAUCUGAAGGUGAUUAUGAUUAUGAUGAUUUGGAUCAAGUCGCCAAUGAGGAUGAUGAUGACCUAAUUGCAAAUGAGAGUGAUGUUGAGACAGACCUCCCAUCUGAUCUUGGGGAGGGGCAAGAAGAAGAAGAUGGUCAUUUAAGUACUGGCGGUGCCAAUAAUGACACUACCAUUUCCAAACAAAUAAAGAGGAAACGGAAGUCUGGGACAAGAGCUGGCGUAUCCCCAUUUGCGAGUCUUGAAGAUUAUGAAUAUCUAAUGAAUAAUGAUAGUUCCACAAGAGAGAAGUCUAGAUCAAGAAAGAAAAGAAGGCAGUAAGGCUAAACUCGCCUUCCACUUCGAUACAAUAUUAAGCAUGGGCGACAAAUUUUUGUAAAUUUUAUCCAUUCAUCCAUCUGUGUUUUAUGAUGUUUAAUUGAUGAUCCUCUAAAGGUGCUUGGGCAAGAAUUUUGUGCAUUAGUCCUUCCCACAAUUUUUGCUUUAGAAAGGAAAUACAAAGGGUUAAGGAAUGGUGAGAAUACCAUGUAUUGUCUUUAAAUUAUCAAUUGAUUGCCAUUCUAGAACUUUAUGGUUA